AGGGUCUGAACAGAAAAGCAAGCCUGGCGCGCGCGCACUCACACACACACACACACACACACACAGAGAGAGAGAGAGAGAGAGAGAGAGAGCGAGCGUGUGUGUGUUUAGGAAAGAGAGAGGAGGGUUGGGUGGAGGAGAGCAGGGAACGGUGAGAAUUCAUGCUGUGUUAGCAUCCCCUCAGCAACUCCAUCAAUACCGCAUACAGCUGAGAAACUGGCAAAGGUCCUCCGUGCUGCGUUUUCAGGCUCGGACUGCAAAAGAGAGCAACUCCCACGACCGGUCGGCUCAGUGUGCUGCUCUUGCUGCUCCUGCUGCUGCUGAGGGGGACUCUGAGAGGGGCAGAGCGCACACACGUACACUCACCCACACACUCACUCACUCACUGGAGCCUCUGCUGCAUCAAGAGGAAGAAGAGGAGUGCGGAGGAGGGUACGGAGGGACACGCAGACUGGGAAUACUAGAGCCAAUCCGGAGAGGGAGAAGACUGCGAGGAGACCCGUGCUAAUAUGCUGCCGUGGUCCGCAGGGACGGCUGAGCACCAGGGACUUUGACAGGAUCUCAGUGCACCUGCUCCAUGCACGCGGAUUAUGUGGAGGAGCUGACGUGUGCGAUGGCCAGCUUGGACCUGCAGGUUCUCAGACCUCCAGCUCUGCAUUACCGUUACCUCCAAAACAAGCAGCCCAGCUCCACGAUCUGACUGUACCUCCCCUCCUCUCCUCUCCCCCUCUCCCUCCCUCUCCCUGGGUGUCCCUCAAUCCUGGGCCCACCAUGGGAGGAUGCUUCUCCAAACCCAAACCAGUUGAAGUAAAAGUGGAACUCUCUCUCCUGGAUAAAGAAAAAGAGGUGGACGGGUUGUCGCCUAAUGGCAAAGCGAGCCCCUUUGCUGAAUGCAGACCUAACGGGGCCCUGGCUCACGGCUCUGACGAUGACUCCACCCUGCUCCCUCUCUACCACAAACCCCGGGACUAUGUGGAGGCCUCUGUGUGCCACGUUAAAGAUCUGGAAAAUGGACAAAUGCGAGAGGUUGAUUUGGGAAGCGGCAGGGCUCUGUUGAUUAAAGAACAUGGGGAGUUCACAGCCAUGGGCCACAAGUGUCCACACUAUGGAGCACCUCUGGUUAAAGGUGUGCUGUCCAAAGGACAUGUGCGUUGUCCCUGGCAUGGUGCAUGUUUCAACAUUGCAACAGGAGACAUUGAGGACUUCCCUGGACUGGACAGCCUGCCCAUCUUUCAGGUCAGAGUUGAAAAGGACAAGGUGAUCAUUCGGGCAAACAAGCAGGCUCUUCAGUCACAGAAAAGGUCAAAGCCCAUGGCCCGAUGUUCAGCAGUCAUUAACUCCAACACAGGAUUCAGCCAUGUUCUCAUUAUUGGCUCAGGUCCAGCCGGUUUGGUGUGUGCAGAAACACUGAGGGAAGAGGGCUUCACGGAUCGCAUUGUCAUGUGCACUAUGGACAAACAUCCUCCAUAUGACAGGCCUAAACUGAGUAAGUCCUUAGAGAGCACGGCAGAGCAGCUGAGACUGCGCUCCAUGGACUUCUUGCAAGAUCAUGACAUUGAACUUCUCAAAGAGAAAGAGGUGGUGGCAAUAGAUGUGAAAACACAAUCUGUGAUAUUUGAAGAUGGCCUGAGGAUGGAGUACAGGAAACUCUUUAUUGCUACAGGAAGCAAACCAAAACCAAUGAACUACACGGGCAAAGAUGUCAGGAAUGUGUUUCACCUCAGGACGCCCGAGGAUGCUAACAGCAUAGCGAGGCUAGCCAACAACAAGAAUGCAGUGAUUGUGGGAACGUCAUUUGUGGGUAUGGAGGUGGCUGCAGCUCUGACUGACAAGGCCCACUCAGUCUCUGUCAUCGGGAUCGAGUCGGUCCCUUUUAAAAAAGCUCUCGGGGAGAAAGUAGGGAAAGCCAUAAUGAAGCUGUUUGAGGCAAACAGGGUGAAAUUCUACAUGCUGAACGAGGUGUCAGAGAUGGUUGGCCAUCAUGGACAGUUGAAAGAGGUUGUACUGAAGAGUGGAAAAGUCCUGCGGGCAGAUGUGUGUGUCAUUGGAGCAGGAAGCGUUCCUGCAACAGGGUUCCUGAAACAGAGCGGCAUCCACUUAGACUCCAAGGGCUUCAUUAUUGUAAACAAGAAUAUGCAGACAAAUGUUGAUGGGGUCUUUGCUGGAGGAGAUGUGGUGAUGUUUCCUUUCCAACCACGCAACAACAAGAAGGUGAACAUCCCUCACUGGCAAAUGGCUCAUGUCCACGGAAAGGUAGCAGCUCUUAGCAUGAUGGGCAGAGCCACUGAGGUCAAAACCGUGCCUUACUUCUGGUCAGCCAUGUUUGGGAAGACCAUACGCUAUGCAGGUUACGGUGACGGAUUUGAUGAUGUCAUUAUACAAGGAGAUCUGGAUGAACUGCGCUUUGUAGCAUUUUAUACAAGGAGUGAGGAGGUGGUUUCUGUCGCCAGCAUGAACUAUGAUCCCAUUGUAUCCCGAGUGGCAGAGGUCCUAGGAUCCGGAAAGACGAUUAAGAAGCGAGAUGUAGAGAUGUUAACACGACUUGGCAAGUAUGGAAAAAUAUCUGCUUUUUCUCCUUUCUGCUUCACGCAUUAACAGCCACUCACAGGGAGCUGUAAUUUAUCAACUAACGUGUGAUUUUGUUGGCAUGUUUUUGUUUGUAUGUAAUGGGAUUUUAUGUGUGUGUGUUUUAGGACUGGAGACAUUUCUUGGUUGAUUGACAAAGGCUCUCAAUGACUUCCCAUCUGAAGUUCCCAGUCCCUUUGGACACCUCCAUAUGGACACUCAUGGUGCUGAGACACUGAGCAGCUAUCACAGUCUAUUCACAACACACACAAACCUGCUGAUAUGACUGUCUGUUUGGGACAUGCUUACCUGAGGACAUCACUUUUUCUCCUAAGAGAUACUUUAAAAUAACAAAAGGAGCCACGCACGACCUGAAAACACUGAGCGACUGUGUCGGCAGGUCUUUUAUUAUCGAUGUUGUCUUGUUUCACAACGAAGCAAUACCGGUAUCAGCCUCUGUGCUGCUGCAAGAUGUAUCUACCUGUACACUUUGUUUAUAAGAAGCCAGGGAAGGGCAAUGAGUUUUUUUUGUACAGAUAAUAUUGUAAAUAGUUAUAAUCCUGAAUGCACUGUAACAAAAUAAGAGCAUACAUUUUCCAGUGAAUGACAGACGUGGUCGUAUGCUUGCAUACAGGCCGUAGAUCUGCAUGGUAUAACUUGCUAUAACAGGAGUUAAAUUAAGCCCCAAAUAGUAAAAAAAAAAUUUAAUGUAGACACAUGAGCAAAGCUUAAAUCUGCAAUAAAAACAAACUGUGUUACCACUUCAGCACAAGCCUGAAUGCAGCUUUUAACCUACUUACCAACUCUCACUCGCAGCGUUAAUUUGUGAUUUAUUAUAAUGGUUAGACUCACAGCUUACCUCUCUGUUAUGGUUGCCUUGCUAGUAGAGUGCACAAAUGGAAUUCUUAUUCUUUGAUCACAUACUAGUGCUUGCACUGUAGAUUCGUGUAUUUUCUAACAAGUAGGUAUAACCCCUCGGAAAUGAAUAGUGAGCAAUAGUAGCUUAAGGUUAUUUUGCAUAGCCGUCACCCCUGUAGAGACGUUGUUUGUUACUAACUCAGGGAACUGAGGAUUGUGGCCUGGGUUUGCCGGUCCCUCUGCAAGCAGAAAAAUUGAAUUUGUUGCUUAAAUAUUUCCUCACAGUUACUGCAGUUUCAGUGGUUCAGAGCUUGCAAUGCGCUUCAUGAUAGAAAGCAGAUAUUUGAUUGCAUCCUGGAGUGCCGCAGAUCCCGAAACACUUGAGCUCUGACACACACGUCAACAAAGCGAUUAAAAAGGCAUUGUUCUCCCUGCAGAGAUGUCUGGAAUGGCAUUUUUAUAACUAAACUUUGAAAUAAAAGUCUUCCAACAAUAACUGCUUUAUGUUACAUUU